AUGACUUCAUUCCAGAUGUCUCCGUUUGUUGCACAUCGAGAAUACGUGUGCAGAAAAUAUUAUGUUGACGUACUAUCGAAAGGCUUUUCGUUUUUCGUGCUUGCCGUUAUUUUUCAACUGAUAUUCCCUCUUCUGUUGAGUUCCGAAAGUGGAGAUUUCUGGCGAACGAGGGCAGAGUUUCACGAGAGACCAAAAGUGAAAUUUACUGGAAAACUUGUGGCGAUUGCCGAAGUGGAAACCGAAAAGGGGGAAAGAGAUCAAAUGGUCUUCUCGUCUUUUGAAAAAUUUCUCGACGAGUAUGAACCGUACUUCCGCAUUCCGUUCAUCCAGCAUCGGGAAGAAGAUACAGACGAAGAUGGAAUAUUAGAUCAGCUGAAAUUGGACUUGGAAUUUCCUCUUCAAGAAACUGAGCGUUCGAGAGGAAUCAGUCUCAUGUUGUUGUUCUCAUUUGCAUUGCGUGAUCAACAUCGUUUGACAAUGGAUGCCCUGGCAUUUGUGCAGUCCCCGCCUUUGAAUACCCGUCGCAGCCGAACGAUUCCUAACCAAUACGAAUUCAAGACUGUUGGGUUCCUGAGCACACACCAGUUUAUCCCGCUUCCGAGUCCCGGACAUCCCAUGACUUCCUUCCGAUUGGAAAAUGCAUUUCCUGUGCGUCAGUUGCAAGCGCCAUCUGUGGACUUCAGGGAACUCGCUGUUGGCUACUUGACUUCCGGAAACAACAGCAAACUCAAAAUUCUGCCCGCAAAUCUGACGCCGUUGGAAAUCAUGAAGGAGAUCAACUCAGUUGUGCUUCCGCUUGUUCCUCCGCCGCUGGAAGAAUCCAAAAUUGUCCAGACAAAAGCAACGAAGAAGCAGAAGCGAUAA